AAUAAUAAUAAUAAUAAUUAUAAUAAUAAUAAUAAUAAUAAUAAUAAUAAUAAUGAUAAUAAUAAUAAUAAUAAUAAUAAUAAUAAUAAUAAUAAUAAUAAUAAUAAUAAUAAUAAUAAUAAUAAUAAUAAUAAUAAUAAUAAUUAUAAUAAUAAUAAUAAUAAUAAUAAUAAUAAUAAUAAUAAUAAUAAUAAUAAUAAUAAUAAUAAUAAUAAUAAUAAUAAUAAUAAUAAUAAUAAUAAUAAUAAUAAUAAUAAUAAUAAUAAUAAUAAUAAUAAUAAUAAUAAUAAUAAUAAUAAUAAAAAGAAUAAUAAUAAUAAUAAUAAUAAUAAUAAUAAUAAUAAUAAUAAUUAUAAUAAUAAUAAUAAUAAUAAUAAUAAUAAUAAUAAUAAUAAUAAUAAUAAUAAUAAUAAUAAUAAUAAUAAUAAUAAUAAUAAUAAUAAUAAUAAUAAUAAUAAUAAUAAUAAUAAUAAUAAUAAUAAUUAUAAUAAUAAUAAUAAUAAUAAUAAUAAU